CCGCGCUCACACUCAUCAGGCCUUCAAAACUAAUAUUUGGGGUUAUUUUUUCUGCGAAGAGGUUAGGGGUAAUUUAAAAGAAAACUAUUUUGGAUUGGAACACCACUGCAGGAUUUUGUGGACUUCGCCUUCUGAGCGUAAAUCCAUCACAAGAGGAAAAGUCGCGCUUUUAUCCGUUUAAAGGGGAGCGGGUGAAAACCCGUUGCCUCAUUUUUCCUGGUUAUAAAUCGCUGCUGCAGGUCUUCGGCAUGGCGUGGCCUUGCAUCACUCGCGCCUGCUGCAUCAACCGCUUCUGGAGCGAACUGGAUAAGGCGGACAUCGCUGUGCCCCUCGUCUUUACCAAGUACUCGGACGUGGCCGAGGUGCGGCAUCUCCAUCCGCAACCGGGCCCGUUAGCGCAAGCCCAUCAUCCUAGCGCGGUCGCCAUAGAAACAGAACCCGCCCACACCGCGCCACAAGAGUCGGCUGCAGCAUCAGCAUCUUCAGCAGCGCGCGGAUCGUCCGUCACGCGCCAGGACUUCAAAGCGUGGACAGUCAAACCGGAACCGAGCUGCAAACCCAAAAAUGAGUACCGCCCGUGUCAGACACCGUUCAAUAAUGAGACGCAGUACCAGAAAGAUUAUAAACCGUGGCCUGUUCAGAAACGCGGCGAUCAUCCCUGGAUCCCCAAAAUCGACAGCAAAAGCCAGAAGCCCGAGCACAUGACCGCAGAACCGGACACAGGCGUGGAGAAGUGCGAGAUCGAGGAGAGAGUAAAAGAGAAGGAAGAUGCAAAGGAGGAAAAGAAGAGACCGGUGAAGAAAGAGAAGGAUGCUGAGACUGGAGAGAAGAAGAAAGAGCAAAGAGCAGGAUCCAGAGGAAGGUCAGCUGCAGAUGCUCUGAACAGGCAGAUCAAGCAGGAGGGAACCUCCGGAAGUUCAUACAGGAUGGAAUUCAAGGCGUACACUGAUGUAAAGCCUGUAAAACCGAUCAAAGCCAAGUCACAGUACAAAUUGUCAAUGGAGGAGAAGGCUAAUCUGGAGACGAGCUACAGCGCCACUUAUAAAGGAGAACAGUCAAAACCAGAGGCUGCAGAUAACAAACUGCUGGAGCGCCGAAGGAUACGCAGCCUGUACAAUGAGCCCAGCAUGAAAGAAUCCAGCAAGUCAGAGAAGCCUGUCGCGUCCCACUCCAAACCCAAAAAGAUGACAAGCCAUAGUAAAACAGCAAGUAAAGCUAAAGCAAGGCCGAACACUGGCACCCAACCUGCCAAGAAGAAAAGCUCUGUGAGCAAGUUGGAGUUAAAGCCAGAUGGAGGUGUCACCAAGAAAAGUAAAGAAAUGAUUAACAGACUGGCUGAGGGAAAAAAAUAAAUGCAAUUCUGUGUGGAUUUGGGUGAAAGUAGUCUGUGCUCUGCUGUUAGAAGACUCACUUUUAUUUCAGCCCAAUUUCAGUCUUUAGGCUUUCACGUAUGGAUUGUGGAUUUGGAUUUGACAGCUUGCUUUGCCUUGAAUGUGGCAUCACUGCAUAAUUCACACCAAUCUUUUUACACAAGCCUUAAGCUUUACUGCAUGAAAUUUGCCCUUACCAUAAAUGUUUGAUUAGCAGUGUACUAUAAGAAAUUUGUAGUUAUUACCAUUGGGCUUUAAUCACGUAAUAUUUAUACAAACACUUAUUACAUACCCCAACUGGAUUUAAAUCAUAUAUAAUAUGUACUGAUAAGAGGUAUUCAUUAAUUUGCACAUAUAUCUGGCUCCUAGCAUCUUCCAAGCAUCCCACUAACUAAUUAUUAAAAUGGUAUUGCAAAUACAUCGACAAACACUAACAACGAGCCAGAUUUCUAGAAUCUUUUAUCACACGAUAAAAUUAUUAGUGCAUGAAUUUCCACAGUCAUAAUUCAUUGUCCAGUGCACUGCUUUUUCAUCAUGUCAUCAAAACUGCUGCUGAAACAUUAAGAAAUCAUUAUGAAAUCUUUCCGUAUAUACAUGAAAACUAAAGAAAUGAUUGUUAUAAAAUACAGACACCACCUAUCAGUCUGAAGAAUGUGAGUGUCACCCAGCCUCGCUGUGUUUUUGUGUUCUUGUAGCAUCAAACCCGAACUCUUUCAAACUGAAAUUUUCAAAAGUGUCGACAUACCAGUGUGAUCUGCUGUGUGCUGUGUAAUGAGAAAUAAACAACUCUUUUAGGCUUAAAGUUACCUGCUAUAACCUCAUUACUGUUUGGUCUUUUUAAGGAAUAUGAUGUUUGAAGCCAUUUUUGUUAAAAUUGCCAAUAAAAAUGGUGGAAAGAGUCUUGCAGGAGGAUGCAUGGCUUUGGUAUGCCUCUUUAAUUUUUGAUAACCGUUGUUUUGUCAUUAUCAUCCCAGCCAUGUAGGUCACAAGAUGGGAGAACCUGUAGACUUCAUGGCGCACAUUCUUUCACCAUUCUUUAAACAUGCUGUGUACACUUCACUGGGUGCUAUCUUCAAGCUAUGCUGUCCAUUAGAGAAUUUGGUGCCUGAACACACCACCUGAUGCCACUGCAA